AUGUUAUCUGUCUCUAAAAAUCACAACGAAGUGCGUAUGUUCAUGAACAUAAAGGAAUCGCGGUUCGUUACAGCGCCGUUCACGUCUGUAAAUUAUCUAUCUAUCUAUCUAUCUAUCUAUCUAUCUAUGUCUGUACACACCUAUCUACCCAUCUGCACAUAUCUAGUAACAAAGCAAAUCUCUUAUCAACCUGUCUUCUUCUCUCUCUCUUUCUUUCUUUCUUUCUUUCUUUCUAUCUAUCUAUCUAUCUAUCUAUCUAUCUAUCUAUCUAUCUAUCUAUCUAUCUCACACGUAGAUAAUAAAAAAUCCGUUUUUAGAAAAUUACUUCUUAUCUAUCUAUCUAUCUAUCUAUCUAUCUAUCUAUAUAUAUAUAUAUGUCUCUUUUCUGUCUAUCUGUCUAUCUGCACUUACGUGCCUUGGGAAACUCUGUUCAUAUCUAUCUAUCUAUCUAUCUAUCUAUCUAUCUAUCUAUCUAUCUAUCUAUCUAUCUAUCUAUUCUGUGCGUCUUUAAGUUGUACCGAUGAAAAGCUUUUCGUCACAAAUACUUUAACCGAAUAUAUUUUUUCUUUCUUUCUUUCUUUCUUUCUUUCUUUCUUUCUUUCUUUCUUUCGUUCCUUCAUUUCUUCCUUUCUCUUUCUUUCGUUUCUUUCUUUAUUUUUUUCCUUCUUUUCUUUCUUAGUUUAUUCCUUUCUCUCGAUUAGUAUAUUAUUUGCUUUUACCUGUUUCUUUUUGUAUUUUUCAUUUUACUUCCUCCCUUCUCUCUUUCUUUCCUUUUCUUUCUUUCUUUCUUUCCUUUUUUUCUUUGUUUACUUUCUUUCUUUCGUCCCUUUCUUUCUUCUUCUCUGUCUUUUCAUUCCGUUCUUUAUUUCUUUCUUUUCUUAUAUAGUCUCUCUUUCUUUCUUUUCAUUCUUUCUUUCUUUUCUUUCUAUUUUUCUUUUCUUUCAUUUUAUUUUUCUUUCUUUUUCACUUUCUCUUUAUUAA